UGUCUUGCCACUGCCAGUGUCUUGCCACUGCCAGUGUCUAUCAUCAUCAGCACCUGUAGUCAUGCUGGCUGCCAAUGAUGUGUUGUAGGAUUUCCUCGUUCCUACUCCCAGCCCUGUGCCAUCUCCUCACUCCGAAAGUUGACGAGAGAAUUACACUGGAAAGACGAUUUAUUACAAGUAGAUGACGGAAACACAACUGGACAAGACGGACUCAAGACCAAGGCUGCUAGCCUUUCACAAAACAGCAGCACACGCAUGCACCAACACAACGUACACACAAAGUAACUGUUGUGUCCAAUGCCAGUGCUACAGAAGUAGGUAUAUUACUACUAUGUACAGUACACAUGAGUACCUAUCUAACAAGAGUACAUAUAUAACAGUAACCUACCACAACUGAUGCAUGACGACCUUGUAGGUUAGUGUUACCGCUUGAAAAGCUGAAACGUUCGAGAGAAUUGGGUGCACUACCUGAUCACUACCUGCAGUGUGCGUCGCUUUCAUCUGCAUGUAUCACCGGAGGAUGCACCCAAUGUGCUGACUGUGCUCAACACCGCGGAGGCAGAGCGUAAUACAGAACGUCAAGGGCAGUCAAGGCUUGUGUGUCACUACUUAAAGUUUCAUGAGCUGGAGGUAAAAAGUGCCUGGCAGGGAGGAGGUGUACAGCUCAGCUGACAGCCUGGCAGGGAGCGCCUUGUCACCUUGAGUGGUCAGCUGGCAGUGAAAGGGUUAAAGUGUCAUGCUUUCACAAUCAUCAGGCAACAUGUACAUGUAGCAUGUUGUUGAAGGGGGAUCUCCUUUGCUAUGUUUGUUCUUCCUGUGCAGUGUUGUCGUAUCUUGAAGAACUUUUCUUCGCUGCGGGCAAUCGUGUCGGCGCUUCAGUCGACUGCCGUGAAUCGUCUGACCAAGACUUGGGCGCUAGUGGAGAAAGAUGAAAUGCUACUCUUCAAGGAGCUGUGCCAGAUGGCAUCCUUCUCCGACAACGAUCAGAAGACGCGUGCCAUUCUGAUGAAGGAGGGCACGUCCAAGUACUCCGGCUUCGACAACGCUCGCCACACCAAGUCGCCGAAAGGAAAGUCUUCCAACCGAUACUCAGACUGGUUCUCUGGCAGUGGGUUUGUGGUGCAAGGUGUGGUACCGUACCUGGGAACGUUCCUCACCGAUCUCACCAUGGUCGAUAGUGCACAUCCGGACGAGACUGAGGAGGGGUUCAUCAACUUCCAGAAGCGUCGCAAGGAGUUUGAGCUCCUCGCUCAGCUGAUGCUGUUCCAGAAGGCGUGCAAGUACGAGAUUGAGAAUGACAAUAUGAUCCAGUCGUGGAUGCUGCAGUCCGAGGUUCUCACCGAGGAGCAAUGUUACCAGACCAGUAUGGUGAUGGAGCCUGAUCAAGCCGAGAGUCGCUUCUCCAAGCCUGGCCUUCCGUCCAGCUCAUGGAAAUCCAGAUUCAAGAAAACUAUCAACAUCUCUAGCAAGUCCAAGAAGAAGGAGGACCCAGCUGUGCGAUUGACGAACAAGAGUGAUGCUGAUGCUGCGUUUAGUAGUGGCGGCAUACCUGUGACCGGAAUCAACAACCGCCUGUUCCGAAGCAGCUUCCGCGGCGAUCCGAACCGCACGUCGAACCUCAGCAUCGGCAGCACUGCAUCCGGUGGCUCUAGUGGUGGCUCUAACGGUGACCUCGCUAGUAAGUUGGCAACAUCAGCACCGGGGAAAUCCCCUGGUGGUCUGUCGUCGGCAUCAUCAACUGGCUCAAGAGAUACACCUGCGUGGGACGACUGGUUCAAAGACGCCUACAUAAUCAGAGUGCGUUUGGAAAGUGACCGUCACGAAGGCGCAUACAAGAGCUUUCUGUUGCGCAACGAUGACCGCGGCCGUGCCAUCAUCGAUCGUGUACUGCGGAAAAAUCUGAUAGAGGAGCAGGUGGAUGCUUUCACCCUGUAUCAAGUCACUGGUCCAGGCAAAGAGAUGCGAAUACCUACGGAUACCAACGUCUUCUAUGCUUUGAACACCACAACGGCACAGUUUGACUUUGUACUCCGGCGCAGCGACCCGAAAGAUCAGAAAAAGCGCGUGAAGACAACGGCGUCCUCAGCUUCCGUGGCUUCGAAAUGGACACCGAUAUCUGAUUGAAAAAAAAUACUUUCUGGUGGCCAAGAACAUUCUACUGCAGGUGCACAACGCCAUGCGCUGAUACGAUUAGAAACUGUAAGUAUGGCGGCUUGCACAGUCCUUGCCCUGACCACCCACAUGGCCUGAGUGGAGUUUGGCCGCAUGAUCACAUGACCACGCUGGGGCCCGAGCGCCAGUAUACAUGUAUGUCGGGAGGAAGUGCGGCCACACGGCCCGAGUGCCAGUGCACGUCGAAGAGGAAGUGCGGUCACACGGCCCGAGUGCCAGUGCACGUCGAAGAGGAAGUGUGGCCACAUUGCCCGAGUGCCAGUGUAUGUCGAAGAGGAAGUGUGGCCACAUUGCCCGAGUGCCAGUAACUUUAUAUGUCCGGAGGAAGCGUGGAGCAGUCACCACGCAUCCACCAUCUUCUUGCUUACGAGCGGCGUGUUCCACGAGCUGCGUGUGUCUGUGCAGCCAGCAAAGCAGCCCGGUGGUUGAGCCUGGCAAGAACAGGAUUGUGUGUGUGUGUGUGUUUGUGUGUCGAGAGAGAAGCUCUGCGUUUGAGACCAUGACACUGCUGGGGCAACGUAACUCUUCGCCUUCUCCUAUCUAACUCCUGAACAGCAAACCCUACCUGCCUAAAGCCUGUACUGUCUCUUUUCCAUUGAUAGCUAUCGCUGAUAAUGGCGAACAGCCACUUGAGAAUUGUCUGUCAGACUGAACAAACGGCCUGAUGUCACUUUGCCUUUGUGUUGAUAUUGCGAUUGACAUGCCCUGUGCGGUUGAGUUGAGACCAACUUGAUGCUUAGCCCUUUCUCUUUCUCUUUCUUACUUACUUUGGCCCAUGACUGUGACUAUAGCUGUGUCGAGCACAGAACAUUCUACUUUUAGUCUCUCUUUCUCUAUCUCCAAAUGUCUCUCUCUCUUUCUCACUCACUCUCUCUCUCUCUCUUUCUCUCACUCACUCACUCACUCACUCACUCACUCUCUCUCUCACUCACUCACUCUCUCUCUCUCUCUCUCUCUCUCUCUCUCUCUCUCUCUCUCCUUGUUUACCUAGGACCUCUUAAUUGGGCACGUUGUUAGGAAACAUUCUAGGUAGCCGCAUAUCUCAAUAUUGCCUCCCUUAGUGCUGGUGGUGUUUGUGCCCCCCCCCCCCCCUACAGGUUUAUCCUGAGUAUAAUUAUUAUACAUGCAAAGGCCAGUAACAGUAAGAAUA